AUGGCCGGCGGGGAGGAGAGGCCGCCGGGGCUGGCGCCAGGGGUUGCGUCGAGUUUCGAGUUUGCGCUCAAUUCCGCGGCGUUUUCCGAUCGAGUUCUGCGCCUCGAGAUAGCGGCCGAGGAUUGCGAGGCGCCGUUCGUCGGCGAAGGAUCGCCCUGCGACUCGCCGCGUAGCAUAUUCGAGACGGGGCUCGGCUUGGGAGGUACCUCGGCCAAGUCGGUGCGACCUCGCAAGCGCCGCAGACAAGACGACGAAUCUGCACCUCGCAGCUCUGAGGUUGAAUCAGAUGGAAAUAAUUUAGCUGUCAUUGGUGAACAUGGUGAUUCCACUGGCAGACCUGUUUUAAGAGUAAAGCAUAUUCACGUCAGCUCCCUGCUACUCGCUUCUAAAAGCCCGUACUUUUACAAGCUCUUCUCGAACGGAAUGCAAGAAUCAAACCUCAAGGAAAUAACACUAAGGAUUAUGGACUAUGAGGAUGAAGCCUUCCCAGAGCUUUUGCACUUCAUUUACAGUGGAACAAUUAAGACAAGCGAUCCUGUCCUGGUUCUCAAAGUUAUGUGUGUUGCUGAUAGAUUUGAGGUUGUCGAUUGCAUGAGCUAUUGUACCCAGCUGUUGAUUAGUCUACCCAUGACAAAAGAAUUAGCUUUUGUGUAUCUUGAAUAUGAGUGCUCAGUCCCAAUGUCAGAUGUCCUUCAGCCUGUGAAAGCAGCAGCCCAGGAAUUUCUGGCUGACAAGUACAAAAACCUGUCAAUGUCUGAAACUGAGUUUCUGGAAAUGCCACUAUCAGGAAUUAAAGCUAUAUUCUCAAGCAACAACUUGAAGGUUUUUUCAGAGGACUUGGUCUUGGCUUUUCUGCUCAAGUGGGCUCUUGCCAAUUACCCAGAAACAGUAGAAAGGCGUAGGAUCUUGAUCAACCAUUUGCUUCCAAUGGUGCGUUUCAAUCAGAUGAGUUGUGGAAAAUUGCGAUGGCUUUUGUCUUGUUCGCAUUUGGACGCUCGUCAUUCUGCAUAUAUUGUGGCUUCAGCUCUUCUGUACAAGUACAGUUCACCACACAGAGUCCUUCCUGCCAUAUCAGAUAUCCAUUGCAGUUUUUUGGAGCGGACAUACAAGCACAAACCAGUGAAGACCAUUGAAUUGGAGCGUCCCCAUAACCGAUGUAUUGCUUAUAUGGAUCUCAAAUCUGAGGAGUGCAGCAAUCUCUCUCCAUCCAGAAGUAUCAGGUCACAAGCAUUCGACUUUGCAGGGCACUCCUUUUUCCUCAUUGUACAGCGCACUGUUAAUGCUCAACUGGGGAUUCACUGUUUCGGACUGUAUUUGGCAGUCGAAAAAGGAGUAUCAGUGCCAAUAACCAUAGAGUUCGAAUUUGCAGCGAGAACAAAAGCUGUUGGUGACUUUGUGUCUAACUUCAGACAUAUCAAGACAUUCACCAGCGAAAGUAAUCAACUAGGAUCCCGAGAUCUCUUUAACAUGUCCUGGGGUCAGGUCUUUUCUGAAGCAAGUCAAUUUUUACUUGAUGACAUGUUAUAUCUUCGAGCUGAGCUGACUGUAAGGCAACCUUAG